ACAGAUCAGGCAACACUGCCUCAAUCCACCAAAAUAUCCUUACACAGUACCCAGGAGGAGGAAAGAAAAGAAAAGAAAAAAAAGAAGAAGCAUAGUUACAGGUCUAGACCAUGGCAAGCACUUCUACAUUUCUUUCUAAUUCUAUUCAUCUUCCUCGCGCAAACACAUUAAAGCACCUUGAUGUCACCCGUCCUCAGCUUUUCUUCAAUCGUCCGCCUCGCAGGCAGAGAAGGCGCUUCUCAUUGCAAGCUUUGGCUCCUUCUGCAGCUGUAACUGUACCGAUCAAUAUGGACUACUUGGUGAGAGAAUUCAGCGGCCACGGAGUUAGUUUCGAGAGCAUCGGAGAGAGCUGCGUCGUCGAGAUGGCGUUGGACAACGGAAGCCUGGCCAAGUUGAUGCUGCCGAGCGGCCUGAUCACGUCGUACAAGCCGUUCAUGUGGCAUGGCACGACGCUCGAGGUGCUGCAUACCACGGUCUCCGAAGGAGAGGAUGGUGAAGCCGUUAUUCAAGGAGGGGUGUCCAUGGAUUUCAAGUGUAUAAAUGACGGCGGCAUGCCAUGGUCUCCUAGUAAUUGGACUCUUCGCAAUGUUAGUGGGAGUUCUGAUAAGUCAAUUCAGAUCGAACUUGGCUCUGCUGCUCCAGAGAAUAUGGCUGAAUUCAAAUGCGCUGUGACACUGCGGCACAACCUCCUUGCCUCAGAAUUCACUGUUAUAAACCGUAGAUCAUCAUCUCUCCAACUUUUGGGUUGUGUUAUGAACCAUCUCACUGUGAGCACACCCGAUGCAACGUAUGCGGUCGGACUGCAAGGCUCAAACUACCACGGUAGAAGACCAAUUAACACAGAAUUCAGUAUUAUUCCGCCGGAUUCCGAUAAGAAGAUAUCCUCUACAAGUGGUGGUGAGUCGUGGGCUCAGAAAGCUGCUCGAGGAUUGUUUUCUAGUUGGGAAACGAGGGAUGGAAUGAAAGAUGAAGCAGUAGAAGAAGAUUCCAUGAUAGAAGAAUCAGAGGGGGAGGAAGCUGACGAUUACGCCCACAUGACCGAGGAAAUGUGUCGGACAUAUACGAGCGCACCGAGGGAAUUCACAGUCAUUGACAGGGGAAGAAGAAACUCGGUUGCAGUAGGAAGAAGCGGGUUCGACGAUAUUUAUGUUCUUAGUCCAGGAUCAAAGCAUGAUUGGUAUGGAAAAUAUGCAUAUAUCUGCAUAGGCCCUACAAUGCAAACCCCUGUGUCCCUGGCUCCUGGAGGUACAUGGAAAGGAGCUCAAUACUUGCACAAUCCAAAUCUUUAAAUCAUACUGCAGAGACCGACUAAUCAUAUGGUACACUUUGCCAUUACGGUUUCCAAAGGAAGGGAAGGAAAAGAUCAAAAAAAAACAUAAUAAACACACUCCGUUGCAAACAUCAUGGGUAUUUUCUUUCGUUAAUAAAAUGGAGCUCCUAGAUGGUCUUUACAUUUUUC